CAAGAUCAAGUGUCUGACCCCAUCAAUCUACAGCCAGCGAGCCAGCGAGCCUCCGAGACUUGAGUGAAUGCAAAAUAACGAUCUCGGGCGAGCACCUCCGAGUAUCGCGAGGUUAUAUAUAUGAGCCCGUCGGGACACCUCUCCUCAGUCCGUACAAACCUGCCCGCCAGAGCGCACGCCCCGCGACACUCGCUGCCGGUAACUGUUGUUACAUUCAAGGCAAACAACGUUUGUUAUGUGAACUUGUGUCUCGUGGAACUCAAAACAGUGAAAUGCCGACCGAUAUUAUGUCAGUCUCGUGUCGCGCCGAGCGCUUCGGCCAAAGCUACACAAAGAAAUCAUGCAACGCGGAGGUGAAGUCCGGCUUCGUGAUCCUUUCAGGGCUCGGGAGGAUACGACAGGAUGUCAGAGUGGUGGUGUACAGGACAUCUUUAGAGCACUUCGCCGUGAUAUAUCCCAGGAAGCGUCUGUCGAAGCCUAUCGGCGUCGUUAACCUGAGGAAUACGUCAGUGGAGCGCGCGGAGUCGGAGAUGGGUUUAGUCGUGAGACAAAAGGGUUACGACAAUGCGAUAUCCGCCAAGUUUCUGUGUGCUGAGCGAGAUGUGGACUCCUGGAUAACAGCGCUCACCGCAAGAGUGUCGCCUUCGUGCCAACAGCAGACCAGCCUGCCGGUGCUCGUCGAGGAGGAAGCCUUCGACAACUGAACAUAAGACUAAACUGUGUUGUUGGUAAUUGCAUACCGCCGCGGCGGCGGACCGAAUCGCGCCAGUUGCAUCACGACAUCGAUUAUCCGGAUUUGACGGAUAAUGUUUAGCACGAACGAGAAACGAGGUUAUGUUUGUUUUGCAAGAUCGAAAGUGAAAGCUCGUUUUUUACGGGCGCAAUGAAAGUGUUCUCAAUCAUCGUACUUACUCGUGUGACUCGUGUCGCGUGAGUCACGGGUCGCAUUGUGUCGAUAAACAAUCUCCGACGUUGUGAAACAUGCCUAAUGUGAGAAUUUUGACUCUGGGAAUACUUAUUCACAACCUAGAAAACAUAAUACAAGCACCUACGAGUGACUCAAACGACCACAACAUGGCAUUCCUUGAAGUG